UUAGAAGGUAAAUUACGCAACGUCUGCGUGGGGCCGGAGGAUAAUGAAAGUGGGACUGAAGAUGUCGCGAUUGUCCCUCCUGUGGGUGGAAAUCCUCACGUGUGCGCGCAAACAAAACACUCGGGACAGACGGAGCGGCUUCAGACGCCUCCGACUGAGCUGCUGGGUGUGAGAGCGGACUGGACGCGUGGCGAGUCCGUUUCUCUGCUGUGCGCUGAUUUGACAGAUCAUCAAGUGAAGGCGGUGUGACCGAGACGCGACUUAGAGAUGAACUUUUAUCUGGCGCAAUAUUUUACGCAGUGCUGGAUCAGGCGCUGGCUGAUGACUGGAGAACGUUAGUCUCAGUUCCUGCUGCUCUUCUGCAUGUUUGGGAAUGACUGAGUGGAUUUCUGCCAGUGUCUGCUGGAGCAGCGGUUCAUGAUCCCCCGGAACUUGCAAACGUGUGAGCUGAAUGUAGCUUUAAUUUAUUUCUGUGUGUAAAUUAAUUAACCCAAUAUUCAUAUUUGAACUAAAACUUGGAGGCAGAAUGAGCUUCUACAGUUUGGCGUUGUCAUUGGUUGCGUGCGCUGUGUACGUGCGCAGCAGCGCCACGGAGACUCCGAGCUCAUCCCGGGAGUCGUGCGCCUCCUGCGGCCUCAGGGCGCCGGAUCAGUCGGAGAGGGUGAACAUCGACUUCGUGGAAGCAGUGAAGCGGCACAUCCUGAAUCGUUUGCAGAUGCGGGAAAGGCCGAACAUCACACACCCCAUCCCAAAAGCAGCCAUGGUGACAGCACUGCGGAGGCUGCACGCCGGCAAAGUGCGUGAGGACGGCCGGGUGGAGAUCCCCAACUUUGACGGCCAGGCCGCCUUUAGCAACGACGUUCAGGCAGAAACCUCGGAGAUCAUCAGCUUUGCCGAAUCAGAUGAAGAAACAAACGCUAAAACCCGUCUGCACUUCCUGAUCUCCAAUGAAGGCCACCAGAACCUGCAUGUGUCCCAGGCCAACCUGUGGCUGUAUCUCCGUCUGCUGCCUGCUGGACCYGAGAAGGGUCUCCGGAGGAAGGUCACCAUCAAAAUUCACUACCAGGAGGCCGGAGCUGCAGAGGGGAACGAGGCAACGGGCCGCUGGGUUCUGGUGGAGAAGCGUGUGGACCUGAAGCGCAGCGGCUGGCACACGUUUCCCCUCUCAGAGGCGGUGCGGGCUGUGUUUGGGAAGGGCAGCCGGAGACAGGACCUGGAGGUGCWCUGUGAGGGCUGUGAGACGGCCGGAGUGGCUCCGGUGCUGGUGGACCCGGGUGACCCGUCUCACCGGCCCUUCCUGGUGGUGCGUGCGCGUCAGAUGGACGGGAAGCACCGCAUUCGGAAGCGGGGCCUGGAAUGUGACGGCACCAGCGGGGGGUUAUGUUGCCGGCAGCAGUUUUACAUAGACUUCCGCCUCAUCGGCUGGAACGACUGGAUCAUUGCUCCGGCUGGUUACUAUGGUAACUACUGUGAGGGAAGCUGCCCCGCCUACAUGGCAGGCGUCCCUGGCUCAGCUUCAUCCUUCCACACGGCAGUCGUUAACCAGUACCGCAUAAGAGGCAUGAGUCCGGGCUCGGUGAACUCCUGCUGCAUCCCCACCAAGCUCAGCACCAUGUCCAUGCUCUACUUUGAUGACGAGUACAACAUCGUGAAGCGGGACGUUCCCAACAUGAUCGUGGAGGAGUGCGGCUGCGCUUGAGUCUGCCCAGCAGAUUCUGKSCAUGCAAGACUUUUCUGUGCAGAACAUCAUCUCCAUUUAUCCAUAUCUACUGAGAGSGCACUUCACACAGAGCUGGUCUAAUCCAGAAAACACAACGUAGAUGUUGUGUCCACAUGAGUGUGUCGGGAUGAAAGAGCGUGUCUUUUUCUGAAACACCUGCGUUCAGUGAUGGGCUGACAAGCACAUUAUUUUCACCAAUUCACAUCUGGCUCUAGUUCGCCAUUUCUAGUCAAAAACUAAUGGCCCAUUAUCUCUGAAUGAAGUUUUUUAAAGCGCUUAAAGACAAAGACAGGAUCAACCAGUGAAAAUACUGGUGUCAGACUUUCUCCAACCCUCUUAAGUACUUAAAGCACAAAAGAAACUUGUUUUCUUAAAGUUCAUCACCUUAUUCAAGUCAGAACACCAGCACUUCUCCACUAUGCAGACAGAUGCAGUCUGACUGUCCUUUCUAGUGGAAUUUGAUAAGCAGCGCUUAACGCUCUGCAGUGGCGAGAAGGCCAGUCACAGGUUUYSAUGCUGAGCCGCUKCUCAGCUUUGAUGUGACAUCACUUCUGGUGAAGGGACAUCCAGACGGAGAAAAAGUCUCAGAGGUGCACUUUGCCUGAUCUCCCUCCCUGGGGCUUGACAGAAGACAGCCUGCAGACUCAAAGACUAGUUUCUGCCAAACGGGUCACCACAGUGCAGUGCAGCACUUGCAGGAACUGAAAUGCACACCCUGAAUAGCACUUGUAUAAAAAUGCCUUCCUAGGGUACAGAGUGUCCUGUCAGAUUGCUGAACAAGUGCCACAUGAGCUAUGCAAUGUGUAGAACUCGAUAAAAUCCAUAAUCAAUUUGCUCCAUUAGACUGAACUCUGCAUCUUCUUUCUAUCCUUAAGUCAUUUCUUUACUCCUCAACUGUUUAAAAAUACUUGAAAUGUGAUCUUUCGCUUGCUUUCCAAAGCGAAGGAUUGUUGUGAUGUUUGCACUGAGACGUUGCGGAAUUAACGAAACAGAAACUGCCAUUGAAAAGUUAUUUUUAUAAAGUUAAAUUGAAAUAAGUUUCAGAUGUAUUUUACUAAAUAGAUGAAACCAAAGACGCCAAGAUUCCAGCUGUUUCACUGAAACCAUGAGGCCGUUAUGACUGUUCAAUAAAGAGAGGAAGGUCUUUCACUGUAUCAGGGUCUGACAGACGGAUGACAGAUUUUCAUUUUUCAGCUCUUUUUCCAUUCUUUUUGUACAAUAAACAUCAUGUCAUUGUUCAUCUUAAUUAUAUAUAUUUUUUUCUAUUUAAUAAAAGUUAUUUUUAGUUCAUUUUGAAUCAUUCAAAUAAAU